AUGAGCAUCGCCAGGAGUCAUCGGAGAUCACAAGCAGUUAGUGAGAAAUUACCUGAACUCAAGGUUAAUAGACAGCCACCAGACGUCGUCAUCAGCACGAGAACCAAUCAACGUUUCCUGCUGUUAGUGACCUCGAACUCUUCCUUCCGCUUUCUUCAGGAGAUCGUCUUCCUCGCCACCAGCUGCAGCACGUCCACACCACCAGCUGGAACAUGUCCUCACACCACCAGCUGCAGCACGUCCACACCACCAGCUGGAACAUGUCCUCACACCACCAGCUGCAGCACGUCCACACCACCAGCUGGAACAUGUUCUCACACCACCAGCUGCAGCACGUCCACACCACCAGCUGCAGCACGUCCACACCACCAGCUGGAACAUGUCCUCACACCACCAGCUGCAGCACGUCCACACCACCAGCUGGAACAUGUUCUCACACCACCAGCUGCAGCACGUCCACACCACCAGCUGCAGCACGUCCACACCACCAGCUGGAACAUGUCCUCACACCACCAGCUGGAACAUGUCCUCACACCACCAGCUGCAGCACGUCCACACCACCAGCUGCAGCACGUCCUCACACCACCAGCUGCAGCACUUCCUCCCCUGGAGAAUGCGCCAACAGCUAAAAAAUAA